AUGGCGAACGCAUUCUUCUCCUUCACUCCCUUUGAUUUUGGAGUCAUCGGCGGCGGUGGUGGUUUGACUCGCCAGCUUGAAGAUUAUGAGAAGGAAGAUCAGGAGGUGGUGGUGUUCAAGGGAAAGCCAGAACAUUUGUUUGGGAUGGAAGAAUUAGGGUUGGGAGAGAUGGAAAAAUUCUCUCAUUUGUCCAAAGAUCAACCACAAUCCAAGACAAGUUAUUCAAUGUUGGAUAAUUUCACUUUUGAUACAGUUUGUUCCGAAUAUGAUCUUCAACGAUCCAACAACAUGUCCGAGAAAGAACUAGAUCAUGUUUCCAAAGAUCACGAUCACCGCCACUACCAACAACAAAACCAACGUUGCCACCAACAAUCCAAGUCAAACUACUCUGAUUUGGAUAACUUCAACUUUGAUUCUGCCUUCCAUUCCACGCAACCGAUUCAGGACAUGGCGAAUCAGCUCACGUACAGCCAAAUCGGAGGAUCAGACAUUGAGGAAACCAACAAGCAAAUGCCCCAUCAGUCUUCCUUAGCUGUGUUGGAGCUCCUAAACAACUACGGCAGCGCGUUCAAGAAACUGAAGCGAGACAGAUUUAGCAACAGUUGCAAUGAAGCUGGAGCCUCCUCAUAUUCAAUCCAACAAAAAUUGUCAACCGAGGAGAUCAUGAGGGUUGCGGGAGCAAGGUAUGUGCAAUUCUCUAAUCAAGGAUAUGACGAUUUUUUCAUGCCCUUGCACCCUUUUGGCUACGCGCUUUCCGGUCUAUCCGAAGAAGAAACGAAAGACGUGGAGCUUGCUCACAUCCUUUUAGCUGCAGCAGAGAAGGUAGGCUACCAACAAUUCGAGCGCGCAAACCGCCUGCUUCUUCGUUGCGAAUUUGCUGCCUCCUUCAAAGUCAACCCUGUCCAGAGGGUUGUUUUCUAUUUCGCUGAGGCGCUUCGCGAGAGGAUCGAAAAGGAAACGGGGAACAGCAUGUAUAAGGGGAAUGAGAUAUCUAGUUAUAGUCUUGGACUAAGCACAAACCUUACAUUUAUUGCAUGCCACCAAGAUAUCCCUUUUCAUCCAGUAUUGCAGUUCGCAGCAAUCCAAGUAAUACUUGAAAACGUUGCCUUGGAGAGCAAGGUUCAUUUGAUUGAUCUAGAAAUCAGAAGCGGAGUGCAAUGGACAGGGCUGAUGGAAGUGCUUGCAGAGCGCGAGGAGUGCCCCAUUGAGCUCCUUACAAUAACCGCGGUGGGUGUGACAGGCAAGCAGAGGAUCGAGGAGACAGGAAGGAGGCUGGCAAGCGUUGCAAAGGCCUUGAACGUACCCUUUCAAUUCAAGGCAGUGAUUGUGACAGACAUGGAAGAUGUCAAGAAGCAAUUGUUUGAUGUUGAAGAUGACGAAGCUGUGGUGGUAUACGCUCCUCUAAUACUGAGGACACUGAUUUUGAGGCCAAGUUGCUUGGAAAAUCUGAUGAGGGUGAUGAGAAAUCUCAGCCCUUGCGUAAUGGUUGUGAAUGAGGUGGAGGCAAACCAUAAUUCGCCAUCAUUCGUGAACCGAUUCAUCGAUGCACUGUUUUAUUACAGCGCAUUUUUCGACUGCCUUGAGGCUUGCAUGAAGCACGAGGAGUCCAGAGUGCUGAUGGAGAGGUUGUUACAUGAGGGAAUACGAAACAUUGUGGCGGCGGAGGGGAGCGAAAGGGUUACGAGAAACGUGAAGAUGGAGGUGUGGAGGGCCUUCUUUGCAAGGUUUAGAAUGGUGGAAAUCAACUUUAGUAAGGCAUCUCUGAACCAAGCUAGUUUGGUGGCUAAAAAGUUUGGAUCCCCUUCUUGCACGCUUCAUAGGAAUGGGAAAUGUCUUAUUGUUGGGUGGAAGGGAACUCCAAUUCAUUCCCUUUCUACUUGGAAGUUCCGCUGAGGAGAAAAACUUGGAUAG